AUGAAGACCCAGACUCUGUUCGUCCUCGCCGCCGCUGCCUUCGGCUCGGCCAUGGCUGGCGCCAACACCACCGUCACCGAUGUUGACACUUCCACCGUCACCGUCCCGUGCUCCACGUCCACCACUUCCCUGGGCACCGCACCCCUCGGCACCGGCACCGUUACCUUCACGCCUCCUGGCAACGGCUCGCACACCUACACCCGCCCAACCCUGAACCCCACGACGACAACGACGGCCACGCACACGACCGGUGCCACCACUGGCCCUAGCUCGGUUGUCACGGCCGGUGCUUCGUCCCUGGAUGCCCGCGUCUUUGUCGGUGCUGCUGCUGCCGUCGCCGCUAUUGCUUUCUCUCUGUAA